GAGGACACCAGGGUGGAAGGCGGCGUCCUUCUCUGCGCCAUCCCCACAACCACCCUGUGAGUGUGCUGGCUGCUGAACUUGUGAUGGCGAGGCCGAUCGUUACUCCCGUGAGCGUCAACGCAACAGCUCCUGAAACCUUUGUCAUCCUGAACCAGAGGAUGAGAGUUGUUGAAGAGCAGACGAGUGGGCUGCUGAAGGAUCUGGAGAUGCUGGGUGUGAACGGCUACAGUGUGGAAUUCUUCCCUUCCAAACCUCCGGAUCACUCUGAAGAUCACCACUCCAUCAGCCCCCUUUGCGCUAGAGUGGCUUUUGUUGGAGAGAAUGACACGCUGUGGAAAAACUGCGACAAACUGGUGAGUCGGAUGUGCCGCCUGGAGAGCGUCGUGCAGACCCUGAAACUGAAUGUGUUCCGGCUACAGACGGAGAGAGACCUGAACCCACAGCAUGCAGCCAAUCUAGAGAAGCGCCUCAGCACCAUACAGGAAGAGCAUAUGGAAGAGCUGAAGGUGCUUCAGGCAGAGGGGAGGAUGUUGCGCCAGCAGCUGAGGGACUUGCAAGAGGAGGCGGGAAAAGCCAACAAGAAAGCGGAAAGGCUCAGUGCUGCCCUGGAGACUGCAACUGCAGCCAAGAGAGACGUGGCCGUUGCUGCGGAGGAGCUGAGGGCGACCAAAAACAAAAUGAACCACAAACUGCAAGAGCUAAAAGAGCAGCUCUCCAGGGAGUCUACCAUGAGAGAGUCUUUGGAAGAAUCCCAGGAAGUUCUGCUGUAUCGGGUGCAGGAUAUGGAGCAGACGGUGGAAAAAGAACGGAAGCAGGUUCACGUUCUGCAACAGGACUGCAGCAGUCUACGCCAGGAUAUUUGGAGAGCUCAAGAGAAGCUGCAGGAAGAAGAAGAGAGGGCAGUCCAGCUGGAGCACGAGUGCACACAGCUCAGAGCUGAUCUAGAAUCCUGAGAGAACAUCAUUUCCAAGCUCAAUGAAGAAGAAAAAGCUGCCCAGCUGUCUUUCAGCAGAGAACACGAGGAGAACAUAAAGCUGCGAUCAGAGAUAUCUGCUUUGCAAGAGAUGGCAGGGAAAGUGCAGGUGCUUAAUGAGCAGUUAAACCAACAGUGUACAGAACUGAGCGAUACCCUUCGAAGCAUUACCAUGGAAAAUGCUAAACUUAUCUCAGACCAUCAGGCAGCUCUUAAGGCAGAACAGGACAAGAUUAAUCAGAAACUGCAGGAGCAAGACUGGCUUCUGGAUGCUGCCCGGGCCAGCAUUACGGGAGAGCUGCAGGCCUUGCAGAAAGAAAAAUCCGAGCUUCAGAGGGAGAUAGAAGCCUUACUCACUGAGCGUGCCGACUGUCAGCAGAAAGCUCGCGAGGUCGAGGAGACGGCAGCCACCCAAAAGGGGCUCCUGGAAGCUACGGUUGCCGGGUUACAGAGUGAGCUAGACGCGGCACUGCAGGGAAGGGAUUCUCUGCUGAAGGAGAAGGAGAGACUGGAGGAAGAGAUGCAGAGAAGAGUUCAUGAAAUAACACAAGAGAACAACAAACUGGAAGCAGAACUGGCUAGAAAUAAGCUGGAAAUCGGCCCUUUGAAAGACCGACUAGAGGCACUAGAAGAAGAAAACAAAACAUUAACAGAGCGGGAAGCUGCGCUGGAACACCAGCUGAAUUCCCAGCAACAGGUGGAGCAAGCCCUAGAAGAACUGACAAGGAACAAAAAUAAAUUGGCAUACGACAAAGGAAAACUUCAGGUUAGGGUGCAACAGCUUGAAGGAGAACUGCAGCCCCUGCUAAAUACACAUACUGAGAAUGGUCAGCUUCGUAAACUGAAUGCACUCUUGGAGGCCAAAUAUGAUCAGGUGAAUACUGAACUUGGCUCCCUCAGAUUGAGCAUGCAGAAGAUGGAAGCAUACGUUAAACAGACACAAUCUGUCCUUGACUGCAAAGAUGAGGAUUUUUUCCAGACAGUCAGAUCCUGUGAUGAGGCAUUAAGAGAGAGCCAGCAGAUCAAAGAGCUCAUGAGUGCUAGUGAAGAAAGAAGGAAACGGAAGGUGACAAAUCUGCGCCGCAAGCUGGAAGAAGCUAAGGGAGACAAUUUCAAAGUAACCACAAUGCUCGAAGAUGUGCUGGCUUCUCACAGCAAAAUGGAGAAAGCUCUGGAGAAGGCGCAGACGGAGUUGGGGCGCAAGGAUUCUGAGAUCAGUGACCUAAGGAAGGGCAGGAGCCAGAGCCAGCAAAGAAUCCAGAAAUUAGAGGAAGAGCUGGAGCAGUGCCACAGCCAGCUGGCCUUGGAACCUCAGCGCAGUAUGAAGGUGGACCCGCUUCGUAAAGCCCAGGAAGCCACGAAAGGAGACUCCAAGAAGCUUGCCCAGAAUCCGGAGCAGACUCUGCAGACCAACACUGUCCUGCAAAGCAAGCUGGCGCAUGCCAAAGAAGAGCUGGAAAGCAAAGAAGCCGAGUACCAGCAGCUGAUGGAGUGCAGGGACCAGCUGAUCGAGAACGCCAAGAUGGAGGCCAGGUUGUAUGCCGAACGCCUGGAGUCCCUCAAGAAACAGUUUCAGGCGGAACGAGAAGCGAUCAAGAAAGCAGCCCAGAAGGAAUCGGCUGAGCUGAAGAAAGCCCUCGAGGAGGCCUCCUCUAAGUCCACUGAUGUGUCACGCUGUAACAGGGAGCUGCGGGCAAAAGUGGCGGAGCUGGAGGAGGCGCUGGCUCGUCACAAGGAGAAAGUGAAGAGACAGAAAGUGUUGAUCACACAGUACUUUAAUUCCAAGACAAAUAAUGCCCGGAACACAGAGAGGAUAAAGGAAAUCGAACUGGAGUUGAGGCAAAUGGAAGAGAUGAAGGAGCAGUACCAAAAGAAAAACCACGAGCAGUCCAUCAGCAUCAAGGAAUUUGUGACUGAACUGGCAAGCCUGCAGCGUGAGAUGCAACUGCUGGCCCGAAACCAAGAAGAAGUGGCCGUGCAGAACAGAAACCUGGAGAGCCGCCUAGAAGAAGAGCAGCGGCGGCGGCGGCAGCUUGAGGAACAGUGCAAGACUCUGGAAGAGACAGUCAGAUGCUUGAAGAAAUGCAAAGACGAUACUGAAAAGAAACUGAAAGAAGCCAGCAUAGAGUCGGAACAGAUAACAGCGAAUCUGGAGGAAGCUCAUCUGUGGUUCAAAUCGAAGUUUGACAGUCUGCAGCGGGAGCUGGCCAAAAACCGGCAGCAGAGGAUUCCUGAUGAACAAGGUUACGAGGAAGAGGAAAGGCCAGUGAAGCUUCCCAGCCAGGCUUGUCUGAAGCGCUGGGAGACUAAACAGCACCUGAAGUUCAUUGCUAGGAAGUAUCUGAGCUGACAAGUCACUUUAGAAUCCACAGACCUCCAAAGAGUAUGA